UCGUAUACAUCAUUCUUAAUUAUAGCAAUUACUCAAGUGCAGACACAAUGUUGGCACACUAUUCUGGAAAUCAUAGAGGUCAAAUUUAAUCGAGAAAUCUUCUUAAUUGCAGUCUGCGAGUAGAAUUGAUUAGAGCACGGUGAUUAGAGCGACUAUAAACACAUGUGAAUCUCGCAAAUUGUACCAAUUUUUCUACCAUAUUCGUUAAUAUCAAAUACACACGCCAAGCGGUCGCCCACUGUGCGGAUUCUAAUGAAAACAAACUGCGCAAAUUCCUCAACUCUUGUUGCGCGCUGUGAAGUAUUGGAAUAAUAUACGCGCAGUUUAUGUGAAUAAUUUGCGUCGAUAUUUCCAAUGCGCAAUCUUUCAAACAUGAAUGUGAGUGUAAUAUUUUUCAUCGCGUGUUUAAUUCACUUUGAUAUUCUCUUGGGGAAUUCUUUGGAUCUCGCAAGCCAUGACGAAGAAGGGGACGUCGAUUUACCAGAAGCUCUCGGCGAUGACUUCGAUAUGUCCUACUUGAAAUGUACGAGCGAAGGAUGCGAGCUCGUCAAAGGUUCUAUAAACGAGUUAGCGAAGCCAGGUCCUUGGGAAGUGGAGAAUGAGGAAGCUCAGAGUCCCCACUCGCGCUCGAAACGGAAGAUGUUCUUGCCCGAUAAUAGAUUGCGUCUUCGUGAACAAAGUGUUGGUCGGUUUCCUUUCAACAGCGCUGUAGCGAUACGAGUGAAUGGUGAAGUAAAGUGUAGUGGAGUAGCUUUAUUACGGCCUCGGUUCUUUUUGACUGCAGCGCAUUGUGUACAACCUGAUGGAAAGCGGAAAGGUAGGUGUGAAUUAGAAGGGUAGAGUGCGGAGUGGGCAAUAAUGUUUUCAAAUGGAGUUGGGGAAGGGAGGGAGGGAGGGUGUUUAAGCCUGGUUCACAUUAGCAAUUUUGUCGGCGAUUUUGUGUUUCUGACGGAUGCAAAUGAGUGAACUCGCACACAAAAGUAUAGAGUCGCUUUUCAGAAGUAAACAAUUUUAAGUCUUUUGUAUGUCAUUCAUUCGAUCACAUUUGUCAGGAGGAGAAAUAUCGCCGACAGAAUUGCUAGAAGGCUGGUGCGAACCAGGUUUUAAUAGUGGUGUAUAAUGAUAUCAAAGGGAGGCGAGGUCAGUGGGAAGGUCAGGAAUUCAUAGGGUGGGAAUCAUAUUUUCAAGUGAGACUUAAUGGAUGAUACGAUUCGGGGAUGAGUUAUACAUUGUAGAGUUGGCGUAAUUCGGUGGAUGUCUGAAGAUGGAAUUAUGUGUUGAAGAUGAGUUGGGGAAGAAAGAUAUUCGGAAUUACUUUGAGAUUUUCGUCAACCUAGGAUUAAGCUAAGAAGCUUUUGAACAACCGUUUUGAAAGAUUGAUUGCAAAGAUAGAUUGAUUGCAAAGAUUUCAACAUUUUUAGAACAAGUGUGAAAGUCUAUCUCACAGAUUUGGCCCUCUUGGCCACUUGGCCCAUGUUUUGUUACAUCUGUUUUGUGAAAUAUGUACUGUGACUGUGUGAAUGUACUGUAUAGAUGUAUUAACUCUUCAUAGCUACUCAUUGUAAAUAUAGUACUUGUUAAUAUAGAUUAGUUAAUUUAGUGAUAGAAGAGCCAAUUCAAUUUGGAAUCGCUAAUAAAUCAUUAUUAUUAUUAUUAUUAUUAUUAUUGAACAUGACCUCUCAUGCCUAUCAACUGUUUUAUAAUGUUCUCUUCAUUUUUGACAUGAAAUUUAGAUAUUGAAGUUGGUGUUCUACACAAAUUUCGGGUGAUGCAGUGGGCUAAAGUCGAAAAUACACGUGUGCAUCCUAUCUGGAAAUCGAGAAAGGUAACGAUGGCUUCAAAACGUCUUUUGUUUACGUUUGGUAUUUUUUGUAAGGUCUACUAUUUUUGUUUUAAAGUGGGACUAACCCCAAAUACGAUUUUUGGUUUGUGUAAUAUUUGGGUCCUUCUAAGAAGAAAUGUAAUGUAUCAUUAUAGUAAAAAACCUCAUCUUUAUCUUGACUGUCAAAGUUUUCAAAUAUGAUGUCAUUAGGUGAACUUUUGGUACAAAAAACAACUGUAUCUCACCGUGCAAAAUUAACAUAAAUGACUUCUGUUCAGUAUCCAGACCAUCGAACAUGUAUCUCAGUUGAUAGACUUUGUCCCUAUUGAAUGACUGGCGAGUCUCUGCUGAAAUCGAGACUUUGUCCCUAGUAUUGAAUGACUGGCGCCCGAGUCUCUGCUGAAAUCGAGACUUUGUCCCUAGUAUUGAAUGACUGGCGAGUCUCUGCUGAAAUCGAGACUUUGUCCCUAUUGAAUGACUGGCGAGUCUCUGCUGAAAUCGAGACUUUGUCCCUAGUAUUGAAUGACUGGCGAGUCUCUGCUAAAGUCGAGACUUUGUCCCUAUUGAAUAACUGGCGAGUCUCUGCUGAAAUCGAGUUCCCUAGUAUUGAAUGACUGGCGCCCGAGUCUCUGCUAAAAUUGAGACUUUGUCCCUAUUGAAUAACUGGCGAGUCUCUGCUGAAAUCGAGUUCCCUAGUAUUGAAUGACUGGCGCCCGAGUCUCUGCUAAAAUUGAGACUUUGUCCCUAUUGAAUGACUGGCGAGUCUCUGCUAAAGUCGAGACUUUGUCCCUAGUAUUGAAUGACUGGCGAGUCUCUGCUGAAGUCGAUACUUUGUCCCUAUUGAAUGAAUGGCGAGUCUCUGCUAAAGUCGAGCCUUGUCCCUAGUAAUGAAUGACUGGCUGGCGAGUCUCUGCUAAAGUCGUUUGUGUUUACAUUUAGGCUACAAUUAAAAAGCUUCGUUUGAAGGACUACGCCGUCCUAGAAACGUCAACACCACUUCCCGCCACUCCAAUGCCGAUUGGUUAUGUCGGCGCGGGUGCGGACGGCAAGGAAAUCCUUCAAGUGAACAAAACGUACAUGUAUUUAUCCGCGUAUGAUGACGAGAAACGCCCGGAUGACUUAAACAUCCGUUUUUGUCAAAUGAAGAAAGUGAAAUAUUACAGAAUUUACAGUCGCUGUGAUACUGUCCCCAAGAGUGCAGGCGCAGGUGUUUAUGUACGCAUGCGUAAUAAGGUGACAGGGAGAGUUGACCGCAAGGUAUGCAAAUAUUGGGACGCACUUGGGGAGUGUGGAGUAAUCCAUAUAUAGUUCUGCUAGUGAUGCUCGACCAUUUCAUCGUUACAUAGACCAUUGCACUGACGUCACAAAUCCUUAGAGUGUCCUCCAGAUUCUCCCUAACAAUAUCUGUUCGGGUACAAAACCACAUACAGCGCAAAACUUAACCAUCUUAAUACAAAAUUAUUAUAGACUUUUACAAAAUUUGCUUUGUUUACAAAAGUUAUAUUAUGCAUAGAUUGCUAAUUUGUCCUCCAGAUGCAUCGUCACCGGCGCUGUGACGUCAUGCGCAAUGGGUCUAUAUGCAGUUGUCUGAUUACAAAUUCCACCCCAGUCACAUAUGAGAAGACUGUUUCCGUUUUAGCUUUGCCAAAGAGCGCUGGUUUUCCCCAGGUACUCCAAUUUACUAUGCUGUAAAGGCCCAUUUCCACUCAAGAAAAAUUUCCUCGGACAGAAUUUACUCCGAAAAUAUCUUUGUUAAAAGUUGAAAAUUUUCAACUUCAAAUUUUUGUUUCGAAUGAAAAUUUGUGUCGGCCAAUCACAUUUUACAAAAUUUUCUUACUGCAGAAAAUUUUCCCCAGUGGAAAUGAGCCUUAUAAACACUGGACCAAAGGAAUGGUCCUUACUGGACCUCAAGGUAUAAACAGUUUUGAACUGAUUAAGCUAUCCUGUAUAAUAUAUACUGGAACUCAAGUGAGAACAGUUUUGAACUGAUUAAGCUAUCCUGUAUAAUAUAUACUGGAACUCAAGUGAGAACAGUUUUGAACUGAUUAAGCUAUCCUGUAUAAUAUAUGAAGUUGGUUUAAUUUCGGUUCCCUACAACCACAUUCGACCAAAAAGGAUAACCUUCGCUGCACUGGUUUCCUCCCGUUGUAACAUUGGACCAGUAAGGGAUGCCAUUCUGGGGAGAACAGUUUGAAAAUGAUAAAACCAUGCAGUUACAAGUGAAAUAUGCGUACGAUGUUGGCCUCUUCGUGUUCAAACAGAAGUACUUAUUAUUCUCUCUUUCCCUUUAGGUUAUUGCCAUAGAAACAGGAGAUUAUGGCGUCAAAGUGAGUCAAGAAUAUUCUGUGGCAUUACGUAUUAAUUCACGAAUGUUUCCUCAUAUUUGCUUAUUUGCCACUGGCUCUUUCAACGGAUGCAACCAACAAAGUUGAACGGUGCAUAUUUACACAUUAUGUUUUGCCUUGAUGUUACAAGUUAUAUAGAGUUUUAAAAUUAAUAUAUCUAGGAGUGUUUUACUAAGCACUAUAUCGUGCAACAGAUGAUGGUCAACCUGCAGUUAUCAGAGUGAGAAAUUAAUGUCAAUAAUGUUAAUUCCCUAAUUACAUAUUGCUGGGUUGCAAUCAAUCUGUUGAGAUUUAUACAACACGCUUCAAAUACAAUUGGGUCAGCACAUGUUUCCAUCUACCAAACUGACCUGACGUUAUUUUCAAAAGAUAGAAGAGGUGUUAAAUGGCUAUGUAACAAACCCGACCCUACUCUAACCCAUAACCGCAACCCUAACCCUAACCCUAACCCUAACCCUAACCCUAACCCUAACCAAAUUAAUAAAAAAGUCCAAAAAGAAUCAACUUUAGAAAUUGAUCAAAUGUCGUAACGUCAGGUUGGUAGAUGAAACAAGUGAAAACCAUUAUUUUGUUAGCCUUUCUCCAACAUGGCCGACAUGACGUGAAGUUCAGAUUGAAGUUGAUUGGUUUACUUUAAUUUUCAUGCUCCUUUAAUUUUCUUGACUAUCAUCUGCUGCCCUGUAUAGCGCUGGUGAAUUUUGUGUGGUGGGAAAGUGCAAUAAACGUCGACAUGUGUAACAAUGUAUAUUUUCUGUUAGGUUUUUUUAAAAUAAAUUUUCAAUCCAAAUAUAUCCAGUCAUACGUUACUUUGAACAAAGUUCAAAGCUAGGAAUCAUUCAAAUUGUUGCCAUCCAACCGCUUGAGAAUUGAAAAACAAUAAAAUGCGUCCAUGUUGAUAUCAAAUUCAAUGAAAGAUAGAAAUUAAGAUUCUUUUGUUUUAAUGCCACCAAUGAACGAUUUUGAAUGGAGCGGU